AUGAAUCCUCCUGGUAACAGUAAAGGGGAGACAGGACAAGGAUCCAGAGGAUGGAGGGGGCUGGGAUGGGGACUCCUCCCCCUGCAGCGAGGCCCUUCAGAGGGAGCCCCAGGGCCACACCUGCAUCUUUCUCUCACAGACGCUCAUUCUCUUUGCCUCAACCUCACUGUCAAACCUCAGGCCAGACCUGGACAACCCUGGUGUGAAGUCCAGGGCUCAGUGGAUAGAAAGCCUUUCCUUCAGUAUGACAGUGACAGCAAAAAGGUCAGAGCUUUGGGUCUCCUGGGGGAGAAGGUAAACGCCACCAAUGCCUGGACAGACUUGAUACGAACACCGGGAGAAGUGGGGCAAGAGCUCAGGAUGGUCCUGCCUGUCAUCAGACUGGAGAAGAACAGGACCAGGGGUCUUCCCACCCUGCAGGCCAAGCUGUGUUGUCAGCGGGAAGCAGAACGAUGCACUGGUGCGUCCUGGCAGUUCAGCAUCAAUGGACAGACAGCCGUCUUUGACACGAUGAGCAUGAACUGGACAGUCAUUGAUCCCGGAGCCAGAGGGAUCCAGGAGGAGUGGGAGAACAACCAGGACCUGGCAGAGCAUUUCAGGAAGCUCUCAGCAGGAGACUGCAGUCACUGGCUGAGGGAAUUCUUAGAACACUGGGAGAAAGUGCCAGAGCCUACAGGUAACUGA